ACCCAGGAAUGUCACAUGGCUCCACUAGCCAGAGUGGCUCUGAUAGAAAGUGAGAGAGAGAGGGAUGAUAAAAUCGAAAGGAUGUCAUCAUAAAUGGACAUUUACGUGCCAUCUUAACGUAGAUACAUGUUUCAGUGUGUAUGGGAGAUUACUUAUGGUCUGUGCAGAUGACAGAUUUGUAGGAGAGGAGGCCUAUGUGAAAUAGACAUUGAGGGGCAUUCUUUUAUAUGGUGUGGCAUUUUUGAAACUCUUGCACCAUUCCAGGCCUGCCGAGGAACACUGGCACAUGAAGAAAGGCAGUCAUUGUGACGGAGGAGAGGAGACGGGAGAAGAGAAGAGAGAAGUAUUCGGUGGGUACAAUUUCCUCACACCUCCUUUACGUGCAGAAUUGAAUCGCUUUCUCUAAAACUGGAGAAACACAAACGGGAGACACUAUUUGAGAAAGGUGAACAAAAGAAGAAGGCAUUUGGAACAAACACAGAAAUCCAACAAUCUAGAGGAGGACCAACCCAACGUGGCACUGAAGACAGAAGGGAACAUUUAUUAUAUUACUUCAGCUCAGAGAAGAACAACACAGCCACAGGCUUUUACACAAUAACAACCAGAUCAACAUUCUCCAGCUUUGGACAGAGCCAGGGGUUUGGGUUCUACAGAAACAAGCCAUUUGCAGUUUGGUGCUGGUUUGGGGUUCUGCAGUGUCUCCUCUUUCUGUAAGUUUCCAAGGAGAAAUUGCUCUGACAGUGACUGAGCAUUUGCGCUUGUGUGUUUGUUGUGGGAAGUACAUACCAUGGCCUGGGCUGGGGUGUGGUUGUGUAUGUGUGUCGGUGUGAGUGUAUCUGUCCAUCUGAUCCUUGGGGUGCCCCCCCAGCACCGCGGCUGGCUGCGUCUAUGGGAGGAGGGCGAGGGCUGUGGGGAGUGUGAGAGGGAGCGCUGCCCUCUGGCACCCUCUAACUGUCCAGCAGGGCAAGUGCAGGACAGCUGCGGCUGCUGUGAGCAGUGUGGCAAUGUGGAGGGGCAGCAAUGUGACCCGGAUGGGGCGCAGUUGUUCUAUGGGCGCUGUGGAGAGGGGUUGGUCUGCCAGAGGAGAACCAGGAGAGGACGGAGGGGACGCAGGAGGGGUGAACCAGAACCUAAGUGUGUGUGUGAGGCACAGGGCUCUGUGUGUGGCUCUGAUGGACGCACCUAUCCCAACCUGUGUCAGCUGAGAGAGGCAGCCAGCCGGAAAGGAACCACUCUGAGGCUCACUGGACAGGGACCAUGCUACUCUGCUCCUCGUAUCUCCAGAGCCCCCAGAGACCUGUCCAACUACACUGGAAACGACAUUGUGUUUGGCUGUGAGGUCUCGGCCUUCCCUCUGCCCAACCUCAGCUGGAGGAAGAAGGGCAGUGACAACUUCCUGCCAGGGGACGAUCCACACAUCUCUGUCCAGACUCCACCCUCCCUCUCCUCCUCCCAGGCUCGAGGUGGCCCCCAGAGGUACACAGUCUCUACCUGGCUGCAGAUACAGAAUCUUCACCUCUCAGACGCAGGGAUCUACUCCUGCAUCUCCCACAAUGCACUGGGGGAGACGUCUGCGUCCGCCCGUCUCACGGUGCUCAGACAGGAGCUGAGGGUUCUGAAAGGCCGUCUGAAUGAAGAGGAGGAUGAAGAGGAGUAUUACUAUGACGACACUGAGGAAGGCAGCGAUGAUGGGCAGACAGAAUCUGGAGACUACCUGGGAUGAACUGUGGGUCUAUAUAACAACAACAGUGUUUAACUUACAGAAAAUGAACCAACUGACCAAAGGAGAGGAGGAGCAAGAGCAUGUAGUCUGAGCAUGACGUUUGUUAACUAAAUGUCCUCAUACGUAGAAUGCCACAUAUCAGUAGACUAGUUUUUCUAUUAGUGUAUGGCACGCAUUAUCAUAGCACGAAGACAAUAAAACACUGUUGUUAACUUUU